AGGCUCGUAUCUUGGUGGGGGCCGUCGUCGCCUCCCAUAAACCAUAUGUUUGCAAGACUGAACAUAUUCUGAACACGUAAGGGUACCUAACCGGAACAUAAUGGGAGUGUUGAUUGGGAGUUGUUUGGGCUAGAAAAAAGAAGAGAAAGUAAAGUGUUGAUUGUGCAAAUUUGUGAGUGAGUGAUAGGCAACCAUCGAGUUGCGUAUUCGUAUACAGGAGAGAAUAAUGUCAUUAGUCCCGAGCUCCGGCGCCGGCGACAACGGGCCAAUAUUCGCGGAAGUGGAAAUGGCAGGCGAGUCUUCUGCUUCCACUGUACGGGCCACUGUAGUCCAAGCUUCCACCGUCUUCUAUGACACUCCCGCCACUCUGGUUAAGGCUGAAAGCCUGCUAGCUGAGGCAGCUUCACAGGGAGCCCAGCUUGUUGUAUUUCCUGAAGCUUUUAUUGGCGGUUAUCCACGUGGUUCUAAUUUUGGGGUCACAAUUGGUAACAGGACAUCCAAGGGUAAGGAAGACUUUCAAAAGUACCAUGCCUCCGCCAUUGAUGUCCCUGGUCCUGAAGUAGAUCGUUUGGCUGCAAUGGCUGGAAAAUACAAAGUGCAUUUGGUAAUGGGUGUAAUAGAAAGGGAUGGAUACACACUGUAUUGUAGUGUUCUGUUUUUUGAUCCUCAAGGCCGUUAUAUGGGAAAACAUAGAAAAAUCAUGCCAACUGCACUUGAGCGUAUAAUUUGGGGUUUCGGGGAUGGAUCGACAAUACCAGUUUUUGAAACCCCCAUCGGAAAAAUUGGUGCUGCAAUUUGUUGGGAAAAUAAAAUGCCACUUUUGCGGAUGGCAAUGUAUGCUAAAGGUGUUGAAAUUUUUUGUGCUCCAACAGCUGAUUCAAGGGAGGUUUGGCAAGCAUCAAUGACCCAUAUAGCCCUUGAAGGUGGAUGUUUUGUUUUGUCAGCUAACCAGUUCUGUCGAAGGAAAGAUUAUCCUCCACCCCCUGAAUAUGUGUUUUCUGGACUGGAAGAUGACCUGAAUCCUGAGUCAGUUGUAUGUGCUGGUGGCAGUGUGAUAAUAUCACCAUCAGGGGCGGUCCUUGCUGGACCAAAUUAUGAUGGUGAGGCGCUCAUUUCUGCUGAUCUAGAUUUGGGAGACAUAGUACAGGCAAAGUUUGAUUUUGAUGUAACCGGUCAUUAUUCAAGACCGGAGAUACUUAGCCUGACUGUAAGGGACCAUCCAACAAAUGCUGUAACUUUCACGUCAGACUCUGAAAGAACUGAAAGAUCUUAAGGCUGUUGCUGACAGUAAUUCUCACAAGCCAGUCCAUUAUGUGUACGUAGACCGAACCAUUCUCUAUCAGAACUACAUUUCUUUGUAAAUUAAUCUGUUUGUGUUGAUAACAUUUUCUCAGUCUGUUGUACCAAUUUAAACACUAUUUUCCACAUUUUCCUGUAAAGUGUUUCUUUAUCUAAUGUCUAUUGAGUUUUUACUUGCAA